AUGUGUACUCGUUCAAGUUUCGUGUCCGAGUCACCUGAUGACGCGUCUCCCAUCGCGCCCGCGUUUCUUAUCUUCAACCUCCCAUCAGCAACCUGCAACACCAUCGAUCCCAAUAUGGUUGGUGAAGCCCAAAAUACGCAAAAGCGCCGUCGACUCCCGUUCAAACCUCCCAGUCGCACCGCCUCAGCAGGGUCAUCGGUAUCACCAAUCACCGCAAACAUUAAGGGCAAGGGAAAGGCCAAGGCCAAACAGAAUACACAACCAACAAAAUCCUCAUCAAAGUCACUCUCCAAACCUGCCAACGCCCCAAAUCGCUUCAAGCGUUCUCGUGACCAAUCUGAAUCCGAAUCCGAAUCAGCAACACCACGCCCCGAAUCCCCCAGAAUAUUACCUGCUACUCCAUCCGAGUUGGCUUCGGACGAUGAGGCCGAAGCUUCAAAUAAUGGCCGCGAACGCUCACCAUCGCAAGAGGCAGACUACAUUCUUGCAGAAAUCAUUACAAAAAAUACACAGGAAGAUGUAGCGUUGGAGGAGCCGGCAAUACCUCCCAAGUUGAUCACCAAACUGCUGCAUCAUCAUUUCCAGAAUGAAAAGACGAGGAUCUCGAAGGAUGCCGAUGCUGUGAUGGGGAAAUACAUUGAUAUCUUCGUGAGAGAGGCUAUUGCUCGUGCAGCGCUUGAGAGGAAUCUCGCGAAUGGGAAAACGGGCAAGAAGGGUCUCGUGGAUAAUUUUCUAGAGGUCGAAGAUCUCGAAAUGCUGACACCGCAGCUUAUCAUGGACUUCUAA